AUGGAUCGCGGCGGCGGGCCGACGCGAGUGCUGCGCGCGCAGCAGCCGCUGCAGCACUCGCUGGUGGUGACGGUCAGCGUCAUCAUGACGGCGUGCCUCGCGCUCAUGUACAUGCUGGUGUCGCGGCACCUGGCCAGCAUGGACCAGAUCGCGCUCGCACUCACUGAGAGCAUGCGCCUGCCAUGCAUCGCAGCAUGCGCCUGCCAUGCAUCGCAGCAUGCGCCUGCCAUGCAUCGCAGCAUGCGCCUGCCAUGCAUCGCAGCAUGCGCCUGCCAUGCAUCGCAGCAUGCGCCUGCCAUGCAUCGCAGCAUGCGCCUGCCAUGCAUCGCAGCAUGCGCCUGCCAUGCAUCGCAGCAUGCGCCUGCCAUGCAUCGCAGCAUGCGCCUGCCAUGCAUCGCAGCAUGCGCCUGCCAUGCAUCGCAGCAUGCGCCUGCCAUGCAUCGCAGCAUGCGCCUGCCAUGCAUCGCAGCAUGCGCCUGCCAUGCAUCGCAGCAUGCGCCUGCCAUGCAUCGCAGCCGCUCAACACGACUUGCGGCCCUCUGCCUUGCGCUUCCGCUCGCACUUUGCCCGUCCUCCCAUGCCCCCUCUUCCCCCUUGUCCCUGGGGAUACCCAUGCGGUGCCGUGCCCCGCUGCCCCCCCGUGGCAGCAUAUCGGAGCAGACGACGAACCAGGCGGUGGAGUUGAAGGCGCUGGUGGCGGCGCUGGAGAACCACACCUACUCCGUGGCGGCGGCCGUCACGGACCACGUGGCCGUGCAGACGGUGCAGCUGCGCCAGCUGGCGGCGGAGCUGCGCAACCACUCGCACUUCGUGCGGGAGCACGUGGGGCAGCACGUGGACGCGCAGCAGGCGCAGCUGGCGCAGGUGCUGGCGGAGGUGAGGGCGCGCAUGGGCGAGGUGGCCUCUGCCGUCAUGGCGCCCCCCGCCCCGCCCCUGCCUGACAGCAGCGCCAUCACCCCCUCCAACCUCACCCUGCUCGUUGCCGCCGGCCUAAGAUCCCAGAGGCGCACGGAGCAGGCGGUGGGCAAGCUCGUCACGGCAGUGGGCCGCCUCGCUGCCAGAGAUGACGAGGAGGGGGGGCUGGGCACGGAGACGCUGAGGGAGGUGGUGUCGGCCGUCAAGAAACACAUGCAGCUCUCGCGCUCGCUGCAGAGUGCGGUGGAGGGGUUGGCGGAGCGGGUGGAUGCGCAGGCACAGCUCAAAGGGGGCGAGGCCACCCCGCAGGAGGAGAAGAUCCUGGCGGUGCUGAAGGCGCUGGUGGCGCAUCUGCGCGCCAAGGAGAAGGCGGGGCUCUCCGACGCGCUGCUGCAGGGCCAGAGGCGCAUGGAGGGGGUGGUGGGGGCGCUGGUGGGCGAGGUGCGCAACAAGACAGCAUUCCUCAGCCUGCUGCGCGCCGUGCGCGCGCAGACGGCCAUCGUGGCGAAGCUGGGCACGCGCAUCGCCAGCCUCGAGACGCGCGUGCUGCCCUCCACCUCCCUGCCCGCCGCCGCCCUCGCCACCGCCGACGCCACCGCCCUUGCCGCCUCUGCCGCUGGCGCGGGUGGUGCGGGUGGAGUGGGGGCGGGUGAGGCGUCGGUGGUGGUGGCGGCGGUGACGGAGACGCAGACGGGCAUGGCGGUGGUGGUGAGGGAGGUGCAGCGGCAGAGCGAGGCGGUGGCGGAGCUGCAGGCCAUGCUGGAGGCGAGCCGCGGGGCGGACAUGCUGCAGCUGGCGCACAAGACGCACGAGGCACUGCACGACCUGGUGCUGGCCGUGCGACAGCAGGGCAAGCUGCUCGUGUCCCUCGAUGACCGCCUCGCCCACAUGGAGGCCCACGUGGGCGGCGGGGGCGCGGGGCAGGCGGAUGGCGACGUGGCGCGGCUGGAGAGGGCGGUGGCAGCGGAGGCGCAGGGCGGAGGGGACGUGCUGCAGGCGGCUGAGGCGCACACGUCCAUGUGCACAAGCACACGUCCAUGUGCACAAGCACACGUCCAUGUGCACAAGCACACGUCCAUGUGCACAAGCAUGCACCAUGCACGUGCUACUCUCACCUACACCAUGCACGUGCUGCUCUCACCUACACCAUGCGCGUGCUGCUCUCACCUACACCAUGCGCGUGCUGCUCACACCUACACCAUGCGCGUGCUGCUCUCACCUACACCAUGCACGUGCUGCUCUCACCUACACCAUGCACGUGCUGCUCUCACCUACACCAUGCACGUGCUGCUCUCACCUACACCAUGCGCGUGCUGCUCUCACCUACACCAUGCGCGUGCUGCUCUCACCUACACCAUGCACGUGCUGCUCUCACCUACACCAUGCACGUGCUGCUCUCACCUACACCAUGCACGUGCUGCUCUCACCUACACCAUGCACGUGCUGCUCUCACCUACACCAUGCACGUGCUGCUCUCACCUACACCAUGCACGUGCUGCUCUCACCAUGCACGUGCUCCUCUCACUCUAUGCAUCCCCGUUGCUGUACGCCAGCAAGUGGUCGCAGCAUGCAUUUGCAGGCUCGCCCUCCUUCACUCGCUUCAGUGGGUAUCGCAUGGGGGCGCGCAAGCUGGCAGCGGUAGGGUUUGGGCCCACGGACCUGCAGCACACGCGCACCGUGGGCAAGUGCAGCUGGCAGGCAUCAGAGGGCGUGCUGCCGUGCGUGGCGGGCAUCACCUACUCGCUGUCCGCCAACCCCGGGCGCAACCAGGAGAUGCUCGUCACCGCUGCCUUUGACGCUGAUGUGCCCAACACCGGCGGCCACCUCACCAUCGCCAUCGACGGCCAGCCCUUUGUGCUCUACAGUGAGCGUGCCAGUGAGCACGGGGCGCUGGACCCGCCGUUGGACCUGGCGGUGGAGGUGCAGGUGUGCGCGCUGCCGCCCGACCCCGCCCACCCCGCGCCGCUGCACUCCCUGCACGAGUUCCUCGAGUUCUACCGCCUCUCCGGGGCCGCACGCGUUGUCCUGUAUGACAACGGGGCGUGGCAGCAGGGCGGCAUGGCGGAGCAGGUGGCGGGCAGGUGCAGCGCGGCGAGGUGGUGGUGGUGCCGUUCCAUGGCAGCCGUGACCAUGACCUGCACCGCCAGGGCAAGGUGGGUGGUGCCGGCGGAGCUCAACGAGUUCCUCUUCACCGGCUCUCAGCCUGCCGCGCUGCCCGCCUUCCUGCGCGCGCACUCAGAGGCUGCGGUGGUGACGGUGGGGUCGCUGUGGUGGUCCACCAACAAGUGCUCGCUGGACUUCCCUGCAGGCGAGCAGGGCGGGGGCAAGUUCUGGAUGGAGCGCAUGGUGUUCCGCUGGCCCUGGCCUGUCUGCCACGACACCACCGCCUUCCCCGACGCCAACCUCUGCCUCGGCGAGACCGGCUACCGCAAACCCAUCGUCGACCCCAGAAAGGUGGAGGUGGUGGGGGCGUUUGAGGCGCGGGCGGGGGGAGGCGAGGGGGCGGAGGUGGACGUGCGCACGGAGGAGGCGGUGUACAACCACCUGCAGGACCUCUUCAACGACCCCUCCCUCUGGUGCUCCGAGCUCUUCAACGACGACCAGGGCCCCGAGUGGUGGGUGCGCGACACCUUCCUGCGCGACUACGCGCACUCGCUGCGAGCAGGCCGCGUCUGUGACUUCGAUAAGGGCCAG